AUGAAAGCCCCCGAGGUGCUUUUGUUGGAUGAACCGUUGACCGGCCUAGACCCAACCUCCCGCACACACCUCCUCGCCCUCCUACAAGACCUCCACGCCUCCCGCUCUCCACGUAUCAUCAUCGGGAUGCGCGCACAGGAGGAGUUGCCGGGGUGGGUUACGCACGUGUUGGAUGUUGGGGAGGGGGGCGUUAUCCCAAUGACGAGGGAGAGGUGGCGUGGUCUCCAGAGGGCGGAGGAGAAGGGGAAGGAGGGCAGGGACGAAUCGAAGGAGAGAGUGGAAGAGGGGGAGUUGGUGGUUGAUUUAAAGGGUGUUGGGGUGAAGUAUGGGAAUAGGACUGUUCUUAAAGAUAUUACGUGGCAGAUUCGUGAAGGCGAAAGGUGGCAUUUACAAGGGUCGAAUGGCUCAGGAAAAACGACACUUCUUUCCCUGUUAACGGGCGACCACCCGCAAUCGUAUACGCAAGCACACCUCCACCUACCCUCCCUAUCCCCCGCCUCAUCAUCGUCUCCUUCCACAACUCACCCCUACCGAACCCACCACCUCAACCCACGAAAACGCACACCCACCGCACACCUACGCACGCUCAUCGGCGUCGUGUCCCCAGAACUAUUCGAUGCAUUUCCACGUCGUCAUCCCGGUAUGACGGUCUGGGAAGCCGUCGUUACAGGUUUCGGAGGGGGGUUCGUACCCCUCAAAGGGAGUGAGAGGGUCGGCGAAGUGCGUGUGGCUGACGAGGAACUGGGGUUUGAGGUUGGCGAACCGAGUGAAGUGGAGAAAGAAGAGAGGAGAAGAGAAGUGGAAAAGUGGCGAAUUAGUCGGUGCUGGGAGGUCCUAGCUGCACUUGGCCCACGAGCCUGGUCUACGGCAGGAACUCCGGAGACGGAAAGAGAAUUCGCAACGCGUAGGUUUACGGCCCUCUCCCCUGGGGAACAGCGGAUCGUACUCCUCAUGCGUGCAUUGGUAUCACGACCUCCGUUGGUGCUUCUCGACGAGGUAUGGAGUGGGAUGGACGAGGGUAUGAUUUGUGCUGUACGGAAGUACUUGACCACUGAGGGUGGUGUUGGAGAGGGACAGGCGGUGGUGGUGAUUACGCAUUGGGAGGAGGAGGUGCCGUGGGUUGGAUGGGAGUAG